AUGUUUAAAAUAAAGUUAGAGCCUUUAAAAAUGAGUGCUUGGACACUGAAUAUGUUUCUAAAGUUUCGGAAUAAAGACUCGACCGGAGGCAACGUCGCAGUCAUGGGAAAGGAUUAUUACAAGACCUUGGGGCUCCAGUCUGGAGCAAACGAAGAUGAGAUCAAGAAAGCUUAUCGGAAAAUGGCCCUGAAGUAUCACCCUGAUAAAAACAAAGACCCCAGUGCAGAGGAGAAGUUCAAGGAAAUCGCAGAGGCCUACGAUGUCCUGAGUGAUCCCAAGAAAAGGGCUGUCUAUGAUCAGUAUGGGGAAGAAGGGCUCAAAACUGGAGGCGGUUCCUCUGGUGGCUCCGGCAACACUUUCCACUACACCUUCCACGGAGACCCGCACGCUACCUUUGCUUCUUUCUUCGGCGGCUCCAAUCCCUUCGACAUCUUCUUUGCCAGCAGUCGCUCCCGGGCGUUCAAUGGGUUCGAUCAGGAAGAUAUGGAUAUCGAUGACGACGAUGACCCUUUCAACGCCUUUGGACGGUUCGGCUUCAACGGCAUCAACGGAGUCCAUCGACGGCACCCGGAGUCUCUCCACACACGAAGGAAGGUUCAGGACCCACCCAUCGUCCACGAGCUCAGGGUCUCCCUGGAAGAAAUCUACCACGGCUCUACCAAAAGGAUGAAAAUCACCCGCCGGCGGCUGAACCCUGACGGGCGAACCACAAGGACCGAGGAUAAGAUAUUGAACAUUGUCAUUAAAAGGGGGUGGAAAGAAGGAACCAAAAUCACCUUUCCCAAAGAAGGAGAUGCCACGCCAGACAACAUCCCUGCCGAUAUCGUCUUCAUUCUCAAGGACAAGCCUCACGCGCAUUUCAAGCGAGACGGCACAAACGUGGUCUACACGGCUAUGAUCAGUCUUAAAGAGGCCUUGUGCGGCUGUACCGUGAACAUUCCCACUCUCGACGGGAGGGUGAUCCCUCUGCCCUGCAACGACAUCAUCAAGCCUGGCACCGUGAAGAGACUGCGCGGGGAAGGGCUGCCCUUCCCAAAGGUCCCCACCCAACGGGGAGACUUGAUUGUAGAGUUCAAAGUCCGCUUCCCAGACAAGAUAGCUCCGCAGACGAGACAGAUCCUCAAACAGCACCUGCCGUGCUCCUAGAGCCCCUGGGACGUUCUGCCAGCAGCAAUACUUCUAACACACGUGCCACAGCAUCUGA